AUGAAAUGCUGUGCGAUUUGGCGCCGACUUGUCUACGCCGAUAUUGGAAAAGGUUAUUUGGAUCGCUGGUGCAUCGACCCAUUGGAUCCGGGCUGCCCCAAGGAAUCUCCGAACCAUUUUCCUUUCUGUGAUCUGAUACCAAGGUUUCUGCAAUAUGCCGAGCAGGAGGGUUUCGAAGUGCCUGUUGAUCCGGAUUACUUGAAAAGAAAAAAGAGGGAAGUGGAAGGUGCGACAAACGACACAAGUCGUGAUCUUGGGACAGUACGAGGAACUGUGGAAUUCCCUGUUAAAUCGUUCGGAAAUAACACGGAUAGCGAGGAACAGCGGGCCAAUGGCAACGAUGAGAUCAAAGGAAUUGAAAAUGGAAAUGGAGUCGAGGUUCCGGAUAUAACUGGGCGGGCUGAGUCAACCACCGAACAUCCAAAUAUCAGGCGUGCAAGGACCAAGAAGGAGAAAGGUUGGAACCUUUCUUUUAAAUUCUUUUUGUGA